UAAACUGAUCGUUAAACGAGAAUAAACUUUAUAACCUAUAAGCAGUUUCAUUUAGUUUAGUUUAGUGUAUAUUAAGAUUUACAGUAGGGUAACAUUGUGGACGCUUACAACAACAACAAAUCAAAGAUGGCUGCCAGGACGGUUUGGCAGAGGCUAUCAGGGCUGAAGCCUGCACUAACAGGUGGUCAUCAGACAGGAUGCAUCACUGUAGCACCCAGUAGAAACCUGCUUACAAAGAAACAGGAAGAGAAAAAGAAGCAAGAUGUAAUGCUUGUGCCGUAUCGCCAGCACAUGAAUCCAGACAGGACACCCAUCAAGUCUGCAACUCCAUUCAAUGUGAGCUUUAAGGACAACAAGAUGGAUUAUGCUGUUGCAAGAUUGGAUGAUCUGAUCAACUGGUCUCGAAAGGGUUCUAUUUGGCCCCUAUCGUUCGGCCUUGCGUGUUGUGCCAUAGAAAUGAUGCAUUUCGCGGCCCCUCGCUACGACAUGGACCGACUUGGUACGGUCUUCCGUGCGACGCCUCGCCAGUCUGACGUCAUCAUUGUGGCCGGGACUGUAACCAAUAAGAUGGCACCGGCACUGAGAAGGAUCUACGACCAGUUGUUGGAGCCCAAGUGGGUGAUCUCCAUGGGCAGCUGUGCCAACGGGGGCGGCUACUACCACUACUCAUACUCCGUGCUUAGGGGCUGCAACCGGGUCAUUCCUGUAGACAUCUACAUUCCCGGUUGUCCGCCCUCAGCGGAGGCCGUGAUGUAUGCCAUACUACAGCUCCAAAAGAAAAUCAAACACAACCGAUUGGCUCAGUCGGCCUACAGGCGUUGAUUUGUGAUCAGUUCACUUAGUGGGGCAGAGCUGCGUGUUUUCGCAAUGCAUUGACUGGGAUGUUAUUGUUGAGUGACGAUCUGUAGAUUAUUAUCCCCACGCUUUUUGAAAAGCGUGGGGAUAUUGUGGUUAUCUCCGCCGUCUGUCCGGUUGUCCGUCUGUCUGUCUGUCCGUCCGUCCGUCCAGGCCACUAUCUCCUCCUACACUAUACGCACUAGAACCUUGAAACUUACACACAUGGUAGCUAUGAGCAUAUGUGCGACCCUGCACUAUUUGGAAUUUUGAUCUGAACCCUGGGUCAAAAGUUAUGGGGGUUGGGGCGGGGCCGGAUCAGAGAUUUUCACUCUUUUUUUUUAGGUUAUUUUACUAUAAUUUCUUCAUUUCUACACCGAUUGUCUUCAAAUUGAAACCGAACCUCUCUUAUGACAAUACGGUCAAUCUCAAAUAUGCAUGGCCCCAUUACCAACCCUGGGGCGCCCCGCCCACAUAGGCCACACCCACCCACAAUUGCAGUUUUACUAUAAUUUCUUCAUUGCUACACCGAUUCACUUCAAAUUGAUACUGAACCUUUCUUAUGACAAUACGGUCAAUCUCAGCUAUGCAUGGUCCCAUUACCAACCCUGGGGCACCCCGCCCACAUAGGCCACGCCCACCCAAAAUUGCCUUUUACUAUAAUUUCUUCAUUUCUACACUGAUUCACUUCAAAUUGAUACUGAACCUCUCUUAUGACAAUACGGUUAAUCUCAGCUAUGCGUGGCCACAUUACCAACCCUGGGGCGCCCCGCCCACAUAGGCCACUCCCACCCAAAAUUGCCUUUUACUAUAAUUUCUUCAUCUCUACACCGAUUCACUUCAAAUUGAUACUGAACCUCUUUUAUGACAAUACAGUCAAUCUCAGCUAUGCAUGGCUCCAUUACCAACCCUGGGUGCCCCGCCCAUAUAGGCCACGCCCACCCAAAAAUGCCUUUUACUAUAAUUUCUUCAUUUCUACACCGAUUUACUUCAAAUUGAUACUGAACCUCUCUUAUGACAAUACGGUCAAUCUCAACUGUGUAUGGCCCCAUUACCAACCCUGGGGCACCCCGCCCACAUAAGCCACGCCCAUCCAAAAUUGCCUUUUACAACAAUUUCUUCAUUUCUACACCAAUUCACUUCUAAUUGAUACUGAACUUCUCUUAUGACAAUACGGUCAAUCUCAACUAUGCAUGGCCCCAUUACCAACCCUGGGGCGCCCCUGGGUCAAACAUGCGGCGUGGGGAUACGCGUCGGCCUCUGCCGCGCCAUUUCUAGUUGCUUAUUAGUUUGUAACUAAACAUUUUCUUUCAAGUAUGGUUCAAAUACGUUCAACCCAAGUAUUCAAAUUGGAUUUAUUUAUCUGAAAAAUUACCGUUUGCAUCUUAAAUAAUAUUGAAUGGACAAUAAAAUAAACGAAAUAUUUAAAA